CUCAGCCCAUCUUUAACCUCUAAAGACCUGCAGCACCUCCAGACCAGGAAGGAGGACUGCCUUCAACUCUUCAGUGAAGCUCAGAGUUUGGUAGCACAUCAAGAUGAAGCUCUACUCAAACUAAAAGACUUCUGUGAUUUACAAUAAAGUCAGAACUUCUCUACAGACAUUCCAGGAUGCUGUUGAAGGAAGAGGGAGCUGGGAUGAAUCCAAAGUCAGGGAAAUAAAUCAGGAACUUGGGGACUUUGCCAAGGAGUUAGCAUGUCUGGAGGUGUCAGAAGAGGAAAGAACAUCCUGCAGAGGGCUGGUGGAUGAUGUUGUGUUGAGCGUGCAGGUGCUUCAGAGAAGCUUUGGGACAAAGUAGAGUGAGGCAGAGGCACUAGCGGCCAUGUGGAGAUCCUUUAGGGGAUGGAAGGAGCUGCUGCUUGGGAGUCAGUCAAAGCUGGAGGACAGAGUCAAUAUACCGUGGCCUACAGAAGUCAGCACACAUGCCUUUCAACAGAGGUUGUGGUUGCUGAAGCAGUUGGAGGAAGAGAUCCAAGCCCUACAGCACAGUCAGCUGUGGUUGGGAGAAAGAGGAGAACAACUGGUCCACAGAGACUCCGAGCUUGCAGGAGAUGCCCAACGGGACAUAGCCUUGGUCCAGUCCACCUGGGAGAGGACAAGGGCAAUUAUUGUGGAGGAAUCUGUGAGAGGACGGAUACAGACAUCAGUCUUUAUACUCGCUCCCUUGAGCUUUGGAAUGACAUUAAUAAAAUGGCUAAUGAGAUUGAGUGUUGGAGUGCCAUCUCUGGAGCUGCCAGUCUACUCUCUGCUCAUGACAUGGAAGAACGCCUCUCUGAGUUCAAGCUGGAGUUGGAUAAUAAGGAAGAUGAACUGAAGAUCUUGCAGACAAAGAGGACACAGCUAAAGGAACUGAUAAGAACCCAGCACAUAUACACUGAACUGCAGGUGAUGGCUGCAGAUCUGAGGAAGCGGAUUUCCCAUGCUGCAGAGGUGUAUGAUCAAACCAAAGACAUGUAUAAAGACUUCAUCUCCCAGAGGCCGCAGCUCCUAGAUCUAAUUUCCCAGAUUUCAGAGCAGCUGAAGACCUCAGCGGACUUGCUUUCAGAGUUUUCAACAUCCUCUGACCCAGAGAAUUUUGUUAAGGUCAAGCUGGUUGAGAGGUCACAGAAGCAGUUAGAGGUGAGUCUGGAUGUAGCAAGUGAGACUCUCAGAGCACUGUGUGGAACGUACCCGACUCAGCAACUGACCCUGUUGGGUGACGCCGUCUCCCACCUGGUCAAGAGGAACGAGGAAGUGACACAACUCCGCAGCCAGAUCCUGGGGUCUCUUCAGGACACUCUACUGCAGCUCUUCAAUGACUGCAAUAGAGGAAGUCAUGGAGGGUGAAGAGCGCUUGGCUCGGGUUUGUGAAGAUGGAGAGAGACUCCUCUUGCAUCUCACCAAAUGUGGGACUGGAAGCAUACAGGAGCAACUGGACUCUUGUAAAUAUGCCUUGGAUUUAUUUGUUAUGGAAUGCCGACAGCGCAUACAGGCCCUGGAAGUGCCAACCUAUUAAAUGGGUAUGAAAUGUGUGUGGUGGAGCUCAGCGGCUGGCUGCAACAGCUGGAGGAGAGACUGAAGACAGAUGCUCCUCUGUGGGGUCAGAGUCAGUCUGCAGCCCCCGAUUGUUCAGAAGAGCUGAGAAGAGUGGAGGAAAUCCACAGAGUGC